GUGUAAACAGAUGUGAAAGGUUACAUUAUUUUACGUCUAAAUUGAUUUAUUCGGCUGUUUUACAAUUAGAAACAGAUUUAAGAAGAAAAGGUGAAUGUAAAUUUAUCUUGUGUAAGUCGAGAUGAAAGAUGCUUGAAUUACACGUAUGAAGAAAAAUUGGCAGGAUGCCAAAAGUUGUGUUCCCUUGUGACUUUGAACACUGGUGGCGUGUUAAAGACAAACUGCAUCAGCUAAAGGAAGAUUGUCUUCAGAGGGAAGAUUUUGAUGUGCAAGCUAUUGCUGAAGCCCAUCAAAUAGUUGUAGAUGUUAAUCAGGGUGUCUUUAUAACAGAACAUGUCAACUGGGGAGAAACUGUGUACUAUGGUCUAGUUAAAUAUUUCCGUAAACAUGCAACUGUUGAAGAAAGGAGACAGUUUGUUAAGAUUACAUUUCCAUCGAUCAUUGACCUUGGAUUAGACAUUGAGGCUCUGCAUCCAACAGAUGGGAUUGAUAUAAAUGAACAGCAAAAAGGAGAAACAAGAGAAAUUGAUAGAAAUCUGUGCUGUUCUAUCGUGGCAUGUGGAUUCCUGUGUUUGUUUCCGGCAGAAAACAGGGGCUGGGGAACAAAACUUAACCAGAUCAACUUUAACAAGUUCUUUGCCAAUUUACCCAUACCUUCACAGAAUGCGAAGUUGAGAUGCAUUCUUCACUUCUUUGAGAGGGUGACGGCUGAGAGGAACAGACUGCACGGGGCACUUCUGUUUACAAGACAGGUUAUCAAAAAAGAAGAGUUACCUACCUUGGACACAUGGCUUAACUGUAAUUCAGAUCUCUGCCAUGUUGACGUACGACCUGAUGGGUUAAUAGAGGAUGCUGGCUGUAACACUGUUGAGGUUGAUUUUGCAAAUCGGUACAUUGGAGGCGGAGUACUCAGUAGGGGACGAGUGCAAGAAGAAAUCCGCUUCACAGUAUGUCCAGAGUUAAUAGUAUCCUUGCUCUUUAUGGAGGUAAUGGAGGAAAAUGAGGCCAUUAUCAUACAAGGUUAUGAGCAGUUUUCUGCAGUUCAGGGUUAUGCCUCGGAUUUGAGAUUUGCUGGAGAUCACAGGGAUAAGGCUGAGAUUGACGAACAUGGGAAUUUGAAGAAUAUGCUGUGUGCAAUAGAUGCCGUGUCAUACAGACAUGAAAGUAAAACUACAUGCCAGUACCAGGAUCAGAAUGUGCUGAGAGAUCUAAAUAAGGCUUUUACAGGGUUUAACACACCUUUUAUACUUCCUCCUGGUGUGUGUGCUAGAAGUUUGAGUGAGGAAAGUUACGUCACUGCCAAGGAGAGUGAAGAUAGCGAAACAGAAAGUGAUGGAGAACAAGAGUUACUACAUAGGCAACAGAUUGAUAUAUUUGUUGAAGAGCUUCUUCAAGGAGCAAUCACUCUUGCUUUAACUGAUGCAACCAAAGUUAUCUCUAGCAGAGAAGAGCGGCAUGAACUGCCACCCAGUGGUGGUGAACACUACUUUCACAGACAAUCAAGCAUGGAUCAUUUGGAGGUGAACUUUAGAGACUGGUAUGCAAAUUACCGACGCAGGAGUUCCAAUCUGAGUGAUCUCAGCUCUCGUCGUAGCAGUUACGAUUUAGCCUCACGCAGAAGCAGCGCUUGUAGUGCCAGAGGUUAUAGUUCAGAAUACAGUUCUGAGUUUGAAGAGUAUUAUGACAAUUUUCAGCAACAGGAACAAAAAUAUAAAUAUCAUACCAUUAAAGAAGAAGUGGGCACAUCAGUUGUUAGUGAAUUUGCCUCAUCAUUAGCCGCAAGUUUACUCAGACAAGGAGCUGAAGAAGCAUCAGGAUUCGUGCCAUGUGAAUUCCAUGGCAGUCGACCCAGUUAUAACAUUCAGCGACCUUUACCAGUAAGGGUAUCAACGGCAAGUUUGUCAACUUUAGAUUCUGUAGAAAAUGAAGACGCUAUUGUAAGAGAAGAUUGUAUUAGACAAUACGUUGAUAACAUGUUUGAAACUAUUUGGCCAUUUAGUGACAAUCAUCUAGAAUGUGAAGGUGAAAUACUUCCGUGUGUAGAAAUCAAACAAAGGAUUUUGGAAAAUAGGAAUGAGGGUUUAAACUUUAUUGAAACUAGUGAACAGAAAGAAGAACAGAUAGAUGAUGGAGAUAAUUUUGAAAUAGAAGAGAAAAAAGUUUCAACUGAUGUAAUAGAUGAAAAUGAUGAAGGUCUGUUAUUAGCAGUGGCAGAUCGGAUUGUUGCCAUAGCCUUUCAAGAGGCAUUGUUUGAAUAUCAAUAUUUAAUGUGUAGUUUUGAUAAGGGCAACACACUUCAUAUAUCAAGUGUUUCUGAGAGUAGCCAAUCAGAUCAUUCCAUUGAUACCAAGGACCAACCAGAAUUAAGCUCAUCUGAAAGUAGCCAGUCAAAGAACAAGAAAAGUUUCAAUUCAGAUUUAGAUCCAGCUUUUAAGGUAGCUGAAAAAAUGCUAUCUGGACUUUUUAGUAAGAAAGAAUCUGAAUUACCCACAAACCUUAGCCCACAAACAAUGGUAUUGGAGAACCAAAGCAAUAUUCCUAAACAAGACAUCUGUGAUACUAAUUUAUUGGUUGUAGAUAGUACCUCUCCCAGGUCACAUUCCAGUAGUUCUGAUGACAGUGAGCUCUCGGCUUCAAAAAGGCGGGAAAUGUUUAGUAGGAUAGCUGAUAAAGUUUCAGUUGGUGGUCUAACCACAAAAAUUGAUAGCGAAGAUAAACAGUCAUCCAUUGAUGUUGCAGCUAGUUCUUUAAAUCAAUCUUCUGACUCUUCACAAAGUGAUUCUAGCGUAGGUAGACAAUUGUUACCAACCCAUCCAGCACACUGUGAUUAUAAAGAACUGUCUAGUCAAUUGAAGUCACACAGCCCUACAAAUUGGGGUGGCGAGUUCCGAAAUAAGUCGAGCAGUAGUGAGUCCAAGUCAUCGGAUUCAAAAUCAUCGGACAUUGCAAUAAAGCCAGUUGGUAAUGAAAUUAAAACUUCAAGUUUGCUUUCCCCGAAAAAGUAUCCCAUUUCCACCAGUAAUUCUGAAAGAAGGUCGGUGCAUUCUUCGUUUUCACAGAAAUCAGUUGAUAGUAACGAUCGAAAUAAAUUAUUAGAUUCAAGAUCAUCUGUUCGUAGAGAAUUUCCAAAUGUGGAAGCUGCUAGCCAAGACUUAAGUUUGCUAGCCCCAGGAUCUCGUAGUGGGUCGAAAAAUCAGACAGGGACCAAAGUUAAUAAAUUACAUCACCUGACACCACAGCAUGCAAGACUAGUGAUGAAACCAGGUCAUUACUUUGUCACAGGCAAUAAAAAGAAUUAUGAUCAAUUUGCAAACAGUCUUUCCCGUGAUCUGUUGACAAAUGCUUUUCUUCAAGUUCAAGAACAUAAUGAGCCAGUGGCAUAUCCUCGCCGAAGUAGCGAGCCAAUGCAGAUAUCCAAUGGUGCAGCACUGCAGCGAUACGAACAUUCUUUCCAUACGGUAAAUGGAAAGAGGAGCCAGAAAAGCAAAACAGAUGAAGAUAUCCCUUUAUUUAAAGAUGACUGGAUACAACAGUAUAACUCUAAAUCUUCUAGUGGUUUUAGAGAUCCAGUUUUAUCAAGAUUUGCUGAAGAGCUUAUGAAGGCAAAUGUCUCUGUGCCGCCACUACAACUUCCUGUUGCCGGGGACAACACCAGCAUCAGUGGUUCCAGUCACUCGGUUUGUAGCACAAUCAGCUCAUUCAGAGACCCACUGUUGGCAUCAUUUGAAGAGGAACUCAUAAACUCUGCUGAUAAAAAGUCCGCUAAAACUCAGACUUCGUGGUCAAGGGCACGAGGCUCAAUGUGUUCACCAAGACUUAGUGGAAAUAGUAAUAGUUCAAGUAGUAGAGAAAGCAAAAAACAACUUGGCGUUAGCAUGUCCAUGGAUAGUGAAACAAGUUACAUGUCAAAUAAAUCCAGUAAUGCCCUACCAAAAACAGUGUCUGAAUAUGCUGAAACUUUAUCUAGAAGAAUUUUUUGUGAAGCAUUGACAAUCAUUUAUAGAGCAUCGUCAAGUUCUGGCGAUUCUGAUCAAGAGGAAGUUCCAAUUUAUAUGGAAUUGUACAGUGAUAUGUUGGCAACAAGCAUUUUAAAGUCAGCAGUGCAGACUCAGAUGAUGGGCCCUGAUUGGUUCGAUCAGAGCAAAGUGGUCACGUGGUCCGAGGAAACUGAAUGUGUACAUUAUAAUGAAGCGGACAAUUUGGAAAGUCCCGAUCAAGAUAGUGGCAGAGACAGGACUGAAAGUUGUUCAGAGUCAGUUAGAAGUUCUGGAGAGUUUGAAGAUGCUUUAGACAUUCCAUAUCAACGUUUGGAGGAGUUUGCUGACGUUCUUGCCUCCAAAGUUCUCAUCAACUCAGUGGCAAUAUCAAGACGAGAAUAUAUGUGUUCAUUGAGGGGGCAGUAUGGACGACCUAUUGCUACAGGCAACUGGGGUUGUGGUGCAUUCGGAGGCGAUCCUCAUUUGAAGUCACUUUUACAGUGGAUGGCAGCCAGUUAUGCAGGAUGUCCCUGUUUGUUGUACUAUACUUUCCGAAAUCCACACAUGGACAAGUUGCAAGAAGUUGUUAGUACAGUUAUAGAACGUGGCUGGGAUGUUUCCAAACUGAUGCAGGUGGUGAGACGCUACUGUAUUAUUGCACAGAACGAACUCGACGAACAGGGAUUUAUUUCACGAGAAUUAUUUGAUAUUAUUUUGCAGGGUGAAAUAUUCCCUGGAGUGUGAAACAAAAAUUUUGGACAUCAACAUGUGCAAUGCAGUACAUGCAUUUAUCUAUUUUAAGGUAGUGAAUUUGUUUUGACAAUUGGCAUUUUCUGAUUUAUUUUAUACAUGUACUGACUAUGUGAUUUUCCUGUUUUCUGGUUGGUUCAGAAAGCCAUGUGCCACUUGGAAUUAAUUUAAUUGCAAAAAAAAAAUUGUACCACUAAAUAGAAUACGAAAAGACCAAACAGAAUGGACAGAAACUGCCGAGUGUUACUACAGGUCCGCUACCUUAAGACCAUUUAAUUUCUUGUUAGUAUGUGUUGCUUUGUAGAAAAUCCAAGAUUUUUUAGAUUCUAAAUUUCACUUUAUAGAAAAAUAAUGCACAAAUUAUUUUACAACUUUUUAAAUUUUCAAAAAUUAAAUUUUACUUUAUAUUUCUUUAAAAGUUCGGUAUUUAUUAACAGUGUUUCAGUACAGUGGUGUUGGAGACAUAUUGAUUUACUCCUGUCUAUUUGUCUGUCACAAAGCUUGUCCGGGCUCUAAGUUGAACAUUUCUCACCCAAUCUUCACCAAACUUUAACAAAAUGUGUUUGCCAAUAAGUCCUCGGCCAAGUUCGAUAACUAGCCAAAAUGGCACAGGCACAUCGGAAUUAUGGCCCUUAAACAUAAUUACCGAUACACAGUUGUAGACUGGUUACUCCAACUCCAACAGAUACCAAUAGGCUGCAAACAGUAUAUAAAGACAGGCUUACUAUUCAGAUGAUUAGGCAGUCAUGGGAGACAUGCGCUUUUCUCAAAAGCAGCUCUAGUUUCAUUCAUGAUUUUCAAACAUUGAAAGCAAUUCUUUCACACAGUGUUUGUGAAAUUAGUCUUUUGAAAAAUUGAUAAAAUUUUGUUUUGCAUAAAUGACCUUUGGCAUAAACAUAUUUACAUAUUUAUUAUCACAUGUUUAGUGAAUUGUUGAAAUAUGCCAGAGAAAUAUAUCAGGAUCUGUUAAUUUUAGAAUGAAAAAUAUAUUCAAUACUUUUAAUAUAUUUUCCUUGUUACAAAAUUGGUAAAAUUAAACAAUUGAAAAGAAAAAAUGAAAUGAAACUGCACAGUUUGGAAUAGGGUAGAUACAGAAAUAUAGCUACAUAUAAACAUCUGUGCACAUUAUGUAACCAACAAGGAAUUGAAGAUGAAUUCCAUUUUACCUUGGAAUGCCCUGUCUACAGUGAUUUUCGUGUGCUGUUUAUAUAGAGGUACAGACCUAGAAUGUUUAAAUUCAUUCAAUUAUUAAUAUCUAAGAAUAGAGAGAUUUACCUCUAAAUAUUGUCACAGAUUACAUAUAAUUACAUUUUCAAUUUGUGUAAAAAAUACACAAGAAAUUCAUGACCAUUUAUUGACUGAUUAUUUAUUGUGCUACAUGCCAAUUUUAUUUUAGUCUGUUAAAAGUGUUCAGGAAAUCAGAAAAAUUAUUAUUAGGUAAAAUAAGAAAGCAGUUUCAUACAGAUUUAGUGUUUUGGAUAUUAAUUGAUUUGAUAAAACGAGUUAGUUUAUGCUAAUGGUCUACAAGUCAAAGAUUUUAACCAGACUAUUUCCUUGCAUAAAAAUUAUGCAAACUAAUUAUUUUCUGUUGUGAUAUUUCACAUCAAAUCUGUUUAAGAUUUCAAUCUUAAAAUUAGCCUUCUUAACAUUUGUUAUAUUUAAAACACAUGGACAAUUUUAGACUACUGUUUGGAGAAAAACAAGUGCAAGGGUAAAAAGUACAACAAAAAUAUACCGGUAACUAGAAAUUUAACAGACAGUAAGGAAGAUUAUGAUGGUUCAUUGGUUUGAUGCAGUUGUGUUACUUAUGUAGCUGUAGCUACUACAUCUGUGAGCAAAGAGAAUGGUAAUUAUUAGUUACUGUAAAGUCAGAUGUUUUGGGGAUGUUAAAAGUACUGGUAGGCUAUAUCAAAAAUUGGACUUUGUCAGCAAAAUUUAAUAUUCAUUAUACUGCCAUCUUUUGAAAAAUGACCACUUAUUUGUGUAUAUUAUUGCACUUCAGACAGUAUUUUUUUUUUGCAAAUAAAGUGGACACAUCAAAGGACAUUGCUUAUUUGUGUAUAUUAUUGCACUUCAGACAGUAUUUUUUUUUUCCAAAUAAAGUGGACACAUCAAAGAACAGAUUGUACCAGCUUAUUAUUAACAUAGUCGCCAUUGGAUUGUCUUUCAGAACUAGUAAAAUUGUCAGUUUCACAAAAAUGAUUGGAUUAAUGGAAAGUGUAAAAAAUGGAGAGAACUAGUCCUUUGUGAAUAUUUCUAAUAUGGAAGUACUUUCAUUAUAGCUUGUAGAUCUUCAUUGUUUAAAUUGCUGUGUUUUUUGUCUUUCUGUACAAUUAUGUUUUGUUUCCUCAUUUCUCCUAAAAUGCAAUAUUAUAUAUGUUAAUGAGUAUUACAAGUCUAAUUUUUUGUACAUUUAUAUGUUUAUUAAUUAAGAAAAUGUAAAAUUAACGUUGAUUAGGGUAUUAACAGACGAAAGAUCAUUGCUUCAAAUCACUAACUCUUUAAGGUUCUUAUAAGUUCACUUUCAUCCUUAAGCCACAGGAAUGCUUGUCAUUUCUAAUGAAAAGAUCGGUCAGGUUUAUAUCAUAUGACUUUUCCCAAGCCAAACAAAAUAUAGGACCUCAAAAAGGUAUUACCAGUCAAGUCUAGGUAUUAUUUGACAAUACAAACAUUCCUGAUUAAAUACUAUCAAAUUAAGUUACCGGUACACAUAUGUAGCAAAGUUUUUGGUUGUAAAGCAGUUUCCAGAGAUUCGUCUUACCUUUCUGCACAAAAGUAAUAGGCUGCAAAUUAAAUAUGACUUAUUAAUCGACUUGUCCAAUAACCAGCUUGAUGUUUAGAUAUGCUUAAUAUACAUCCAAAAAUUGGGGGAAUUAAGUCAGGUUACUCAAAUGAAUUUUUCAGAAAUUUAGUGUUUCAUAUUUCAUAUUUUUUGUAAACUGUUUGACAUAUGGCAUUUAAACUUUUAUCACUUGUUUAUUAUUAGAGUCUCUACCUGUAGGCAAGAGUACAUAACUCUGUCAAAUAGUUUGGCUGAAUUAUGGCCCUUUUUAGACUUGGAAAUUAAAUUGGUUCAGUUUUUGUUCAUGUGCAUGUUUUGUCAAACUAUUUGACAUGUGGCUUUGAAACUUUAAACACUUGUUUAUUAUAACAGUCUCUAUCACUAGGCAAGAGUACAUAACUCUACCAAGUAUUUUGGCUGAAUUAUGGCCCUUUUUGGACUUGGAAAUUGGUUCAGUUUUCUUACAAGUCCAUGUUUUGUCAAAACUAUUUGACAUGUCACUUUGAAACUUUAAACAUUAUUUUUAUUUUAACAGUCUCUGUAGGCAAGAGUACAUUACUCUGCCAAAUAUUUUUGUUAAAUUAUGGCCCUUUUUGGACUUGGAAAUUGGUUCAGUUUUUCAUACAAGUCAAUGUUUGUCAAAACUAUUUGACGCGUGGCUUUGAAAGUCAAGGGUAUUAAACUAUGGCAGAUAUUUGGCGGAAUUUUGGCGCAUUUUGAACUUGCAGAUUGGUUCAGUUUUCUUACAAGUCCAUGUUUUUUGUAAACUGUUUGACUUUGGCUUUGAACUUUUAUCACUUAUUUAUUAUGCCCCCCUUCGAAGAAGGAGGGGUAUAUUGUUUUGCAGAUGUCGGUCGGUCUGUAUGUAGACCAAUCUGUUUCCAGAUGAUAACUCAAGAAUGCUUGGGCCUAGAAUCAUGAAAGUUGAUAGAGAGGUUGAUCAUCACCAGCAGAUGACCCGUAUUGAUUUUGAGAUCUGUAUGUCAAAGGUCAAGGUCACAGUGACCCUGAUUAGUAAAACGGUUUCCGGAUGAUAACGCAAGAACGCUUGGGCCUAGGAUCAUGAAAGUUGAUAGGAAGGUUGGUCAUCACCAGCAGAUGACCCCUAUUUAUUUUGAGGCCAGUAUGUCAAAGGUCAAGGUCACAGUGACCCUGAACAGUAAAACGGUUUCCGGAUGGUAACUCAAGAAUGCUUGGGCCUAGGAUCGUGAUUAUUGAUAGGGAGGUUGGUCAUGACCAGCAGAUGACCCCUAUUGAUUUUGAAAGGUCAAGGUCACAGUGACCAGGAACAGUAAAAUGGUUUCCGGGCAAUAACUCAAGAACGCUUAGGCCUAUUGUCAAGAAAAUUGAUAGUGAGGUUGGUCAUGACCAGUAGAUGACCCAUAUUGAUUUUGAGGUCAUUAGGUCAAAGGUCAAGGUCAUAUUUGCCUGGAACAGUUAAACAGUUUCUGAUAUUCUUGUCCAAAACCACAGGGCCUAGGGCUUUGAUAUUUGGUAUGUAGCAAAAUCUAGUGGUCCUCUACCAAGAUUGUUAAGAUUAUUUCCCUGGGGUCAAAUAAGGCCCCACCCCGGGAGUCACAUGGUUAAUAUAGACUUAUAUAGGAAAAAACUUUGAAAAACCUCUUGUACAAAACCACAGGUUUAGGGCUUUGAUAUUUUGUAUAUGACAUCGUCUAGUGGUCCUCUACUAAGAUUGUCCAAAUUAUUCCUCUAGGGUCAAAUAUGGCCCCGCCCUGGGGGUCGCAUGGUUUACAUAGACUUAAUAGGGAAAAACUUUGAAAAUCUUCCUGUCCAAACCACAAAGACUAGGGCUUUGAUAUUUGUAAUGUAGCAUCAUCUGGUGGUUUUCUACCAAGUUUGUUCAAAUUAUCCCUCUGGGGUCAAAUAUGGACCACCCCGGGGGUCACAUGGUUCAUAUAGACUUAUAUAGGGAAAAACUUAGAAUCUUCAUGUCUAUAACAUGAACCUUGACAUGAGUUGACCUUGAUCUUGACCUAGUGACCUACUUUCACAUUUCUGUAGCUACAGCCUUUGUGUACCAUAACAAACUUUGACCUUGUUAUUGACCUAGUGACCUACUUACACAUUUUUGAAGGUACAGGCUUCAAAUUUGGACCACAUGCAUAGUUUUGUGUUCCGAAAUAAAAUUUGACCUUGGUUUUGACCUAGUGACCUACUUUCACAUUUCUCAAGCUACAAAUUCAAAUUUGGACCUUAUGCAUAGCUUUGUUUACCGAAAUGAACUUUGACAUUGAUUUUUACAUAGUAUCUGCUUUCACAUUUCUCAGGCUACAGCCUCCAGAUUUGAAGCAUGUGCAUAGUUCUGUCUUCUGAAAUGAACUUUGACCUUGAAAUUGAUCUAGUGACCUAUUUUCACAUUUCUCAAGCCACAGCUUUCAAAUUUGGACCACAUGCACAAUGUUUUGUACCGAAAUGAAAUUUAACCUUGAUUUUGAUCUUGAGCUAGUCUUGAAAUUUAGAACAUUAAAAAAUGGCUCAGUGAUCGGUGCCAAGAUCACUCUGUGAUCUCUUGUUAGGUUAAUAGGUUAAAGGUCAAGGUCAGAUUGGACCAGAACAGUAGAACUUUUGUUUACAGUGAGCUUAUAAUUUUUGUUCCUUGUGCAAUUACUGAAUGCAUCAAGGGGGGCAUUUCGUGUUCGACGAGCUCUUGUUAUAAAGUCUAAAGUUUGAAAGCAAUCUUCUCAAUAAGCAAGGCAAUAUUUUACAGGGAUAUACAGGUGGUAAAGUGGAUGGAAACAUUUAACACCUUACGAUUAUUGUAAUGAUUUUUCUUGCAUAUUGACAUAAAUAGUUUAACAGAUAGACUAUUUUUUACUUUGACAUCAUGUAAACUUGACAUAUGUUUGUCACGUUUUGGUAAAAUUCCUAUAAAAUACUGUUUUCUACAUUUCAUUUUCAAGUUCCCUUUAUUUUUGCUAAGACAAAGUAAAAUAAAUCUUGAUGGUUAAAUUCUACAUCAGAUAAUUUGCAAUGCUUUUGUAAUUUAAUAUAGUCAUAAAGUAAUGCUUGUAGCAAGAUUUAAAUUCCCCCUUCCAAGUGUGAAUAAAACAUGGAUGUAUUUCAAGGAUUUAUAAUUGUUUAUCCCUGUAAAGAUAAUACAGGUUAAAAUGUUUUCAAAAUUUGACACAUUUCUACUGUAACAGUAGUUUUAAUGUGUAUUUUAUAAAAAGUUAUUUAUAUGUAUUGUGUUAUUUGUUUGUGCAAAUGAUUUUAUAAACAUUUGUGUUAUUUUUACCUAUAGCAGUAUUUCUUUACUAGAUGAGUCACCAUCCUAAUUAUACCCUCACAAAACGAAGUUUGGGUGUGUAUAAAGGAGUGAGCUUGUCGGUUGGUCGUUCUGUCGGUCCGUUGGUUUUCAUGGUUUCCGGACGAUAACUCAUGAAAGGCUUGACAGAUUUAAAUAAUUUUUGGUACAAGGAUGUAACAUCAGAAGAUACAGGUCAAGUUCGACUUUGGGGUCAGUAGGUCAAAGGUCAAGGUCACGGUGACUUGGAACAGUUAAACAGUUUCCGGAUGAUAACUUCAGAACGCUUGGGUCUAGGAUCAUAUUUUUUGUACACAGAUGUAACCUGAUAAAAUACAGGUCAAAUUCGACUUUAGGGUCAGUAGGUCAAAGGUCAAGGUCACAGUGAUCCUGAACAGUAAUACAGUUUCCGGAUGAUAACUUGAGAACGCUUGGGAUUUUGUACAUGGGUGUAAUAUCAUGAAAUACAGGUCAAGUUCUACUUUGAGGUCAGUAGGUCAAAGGUCACAGUGACUCGAAACAGUUAUAUGGUUUCUGGUUGAUAACUUGAGAACUGUUGGGUCUAGGAUCUUAAUUGUUUGUACACGGAUGUAACUUGAUAAAAUAGAAGUCAAGUUCGACUUUGAAGUUAGUAGGUCAAAGGUCAAGGUCACAAUGACAUGAAACAGUUAACCAGUUUCCGGAUGAUAACUUGAGAAUGCUUGGGCCUAGGAUCAUGAAAAUUGAUAGGGAGUUUGGUUAUGACCAGCUGAUGACCCCUUAUGAUUUUGAGGUCAGUAGGUCACAGGUCAAGGUCACAGCGACCUGGAACAUUAAAAAUGGUUUUUGGACAAUAACUUCAGAAUACUUCGGACUAGGAUCACGGAACUUCAUAGUGAGGUUGGUCAUGACCAGCAGAUGACCUGUAUUGAUUUUGAGGUCAGUAGGUCAAAGGUCAAACAAGUUCUGCUUUAAAAUUGGCUUAGUUCUGUGUGACAAGGCUAUAUUGUGGGGGUAUAAUUCGUCACUCAUGUGACAACUCUAGUUUGAGUAAUUUUAGAAAGGGAGCUAUUGAUAUGCGAGUCUUAAGUGAAUGUUACAUUCUUAUGUGAUUUAUGUAACAUACAUAAUAUAAGCAUAACAUAAGCAUAUUACAAGCAUAACAAGAUAUGUAACAUAUGUGCAAUAUGUUACAUAAAUAUUUGUAUUAAAUGUGUUGUUUCUUUUGUACUUUUUGUGUGCAUAUGUAAUGUAAGUUUCAUUGGUGUGUUAAGUUUGUUAUGUUAUACAUAUUGCAGUAUUUCUAGAUAGAACCUUGAAGUCUCUUCUCCAUUUUGUCAAAAUUGAUAAUAGAUAAAGUGCUGUAGUCAUUGUUUGUGCUUAACCUUUAGCUUGCUGGUGGCAAGUGAUUUUGCCUUUGCAACCAGUCCAGACCAAGAUCAGUGUACUUUUCGCUAUUUUCAGUGAAUACCCCUUUGAAUAAUAAGUGGUACUGCCCAAAUUGAAUGAUAGACCAGUCCAUUUUAGAAAUGUAGCAGGGUAAAGGUUAAGGAGCACACAAUAGUUUAUAAUACACCUCCAGAUUUAUGCUUCUUUCUCAAAAUAGUGCUUUCGUUUUUGUUAGUAAUUGUUAAUGUAAAAGGAAGAUGAACUAAGUAUUUAUUUACAAAAGCUCUCAUGCAGUGUUUGUUAAUUAUGUAUAUUUUAUAUUACACAAUUGAAGAGUUUAAUUUUAACACAAGCAAAAAUUGUGUCAAUAUUUUUCACCUCCUUGAAAAUUACUCAAUCCUGGCAAUAAAAAAAAACAAAUGAAA